GCACAUUGAGAUUUUUGAUUUUCUUCCUCCUCUUUUCCCACCUCAAACUUUAGGAAUUGAUUAAACAUGGGUCGCGUCAUUCGUGCUCAAAGAAAAGGUGCUGGAAGUAUCUUCAAGGCUCACACUGUCGGUCGUAAGGGUGCUGCUAACUUGCGUGUUUCUGAUUUCGCUGAACGUCAUGGUUAUAUCCGUGGUCUUGUCAAGGAAAUCGUUCACGAUCCUGGACGUGGUGCUCCUCUUGCCAAGGUUGUCUUCCGUGAUCCUUACAAGUACAAGCUCCGUACUGAAACUUUCAUUGCCACUGAAGGUAUGUACACUGGUCAAUUUGUCUACUGUGGUAAGAAGGCUACCUUGAACAUUGGUAAUGUCUUGCCUUUGUCCUCUGUCCCUGAAGGUACUGUUAUCUGCAAUGUUGAAGAAAAGGUGGGUGAUCGUGGUGCAUUGGCCCGUACUUCUGGUAACUAUGCUACUGUGAUUGGUCAUGGUGAAGAUGGCAAGACUCGUAUUCGUCUUCCCUCUGGUGCCAAGAAGAUCGUUCCUUCUACUGCCCGUGCUGCCAUUGGUAUCGUUGCUGGUGGUGGUCGUAUCGAUAAACCCCUUUUGAAGGCUGGUCGUGCUUAUCACAAGUACAAGGUCAAGCGUAACUCUUGGCCCAAGACUCGUGGUGUUGCUAUGAAUCCUGUUGACCAUCCUCACGGUGGUGGUAACCAUCAACACAUUGGUCAUGCCUCUACUAUGGCCCGUGAUUCUUCUGCCGGUCAAAAGGUUGGUCUCAUUGCUGCUCGUCGUACUGGUUUGCUCCGUGGUACCAAGAAGCUCAAGGAAUAAGCUAUGGAUAUCAUAUUGUGUUUUUAUCUUGUGUGCAUGAAUCAAUAAAAAUGAAGUUUUGUUAUAUUACUUGUCUGUGAAAUUUAGAUCUGUCUUUU